AUGCCACCCAAACGCCUCUCCCUCGGCCUCGUAGGUCUCGGCCGCAUUGGCCGCCAACACGCCCUCAACACCCUCCAUAAAAUCUCCCAAACCCACCUCCUCUGCGCCUGCAGCCCCAUGGAUCAAGACCACAUCUGGGCCCAAGAGCAUCUCGUCCCCUACGGCGUAACCCUCUACCGCACCUUCACCGAGAUGCUCGCUCACCCAGGCCUCGAAGCACUCCUCAUAGCCAGCACGACAACCGCGCACUACGAACAAGUCAUGGCGGGAAUCGAAGCGGGCUUGCACAUAGCGGUCGAGAAACCACUCGCGAUGAAUUCCCAGCAAAGCCGUGAGAUUCUCGCCCUCGCAAAGUCCAAGGCGGGUUUAAAGAUCAUGACGCUAUUUUCCAGACGUUUCGAUGCUUCCUAUACGUCCGCCCGACACGCCAUCCAAGCCGGCAAGAUCGGCACGCCCGUAGUCCUGCGUUUCGACAACAGGGAUAAAUUCGACCGCAGCGACUUCUAUCUCCGCUACAUCAUGCAGAACCCGGGCAUCUUCAUCGAUACGGGCGUCCACGAUAUCGAUCUCACCUUUUCCUUCCUCGGCGAUGACAACGCGAGACCGAAAUCCGCCACCGCGGUAGGGAAUCUCUCCCUCCACCGCGAACUCGCCCAGAUCAGCGACUUCGACAAUGCAAUCGGAACCGUAGCAUGGCACAACGGGGCCAUCUCGCACUACUACAUCUCGCGCACUUCGCGUCCGGGUUUCGAUAAUCCGACCGAGAUCAUCGGAACGCAGGGGACGCUGAAGAUCAAUCUGCAUCCGAGGAGGGAUUUGAUCGAGAUUGGGGAUGAGAGGGGCAUUGGGAAUGAAGUGAUGCCGGAUUUCUACGAGAGGUAUCGGGAGGCUUUUGUGAGUGAGAUGGAAGUAUUUGCGGGUUGCGUGUUGGGAGGGACGGCAUUGCCGUAUGGGUUGGAAGUUGCUGUGAGGGGGAUGGAGAUUGCGGAGGGGUUGCAGGAGGCACUGAGGACGGGGAGGAAGGUGGAGUGGGAUGAGGAGGGGAGGAGGAUGGACGUUGGGGGAAAGAGUAGUAAGCUUUGA